AUGUUGAAUAUGUGGAAGGUCCGGGAGCUGGUUGACAAAGCAACCAACAUGGUGAUGAACUACACUGAAAUAGAGUCUAAAGUCAGAGAAGCCACCAACGACGACGCCUGGGGACCAUCGGGGCAGCUCAUGACUGAAAUCUCCCGUGCAACCUUUAUGUAUGAGCAUUACCAGGAAGUAAUGGGCAUGCUGUGGACAAGAAUGCUCAAGGAAAACAGAAAGAAUUGGAGAAGGGUCUACAAGUCCUUGUUGCUGCUCUCACAUCUGAUCAGAAACGGCUCCGAGAGGGUUGUGACCAGCGCCAGAGAACAUUUAUUUGAUUUGAGGUCUUUAGAGAGCUACCAUUUUGUAGAUGAAAAUGGCAAGGACCAAGGUACAAACGUGCGGCACAAGGUGAAGGAGUUGGUGGUGUUCAUUCAGGACGAUGACCGGCUCAGAGAAGAAAGAAAAAAGGCCAAGAAGAAUCGAGACAAAUACGUGGGGGUAUCAUCGGAUAGCAUGGGCUACAGAAGUAACGCUGGGGACCGCGACAAAAUUGGAGAGAUCAGUGACAAGAUCGGCAGCACCAUCAACGACACUAUCAAUACAUUCAGAAAGAAGGACAGGGACGACUCUCCAGACCGAUUCAGUGAUCACGAGGAGGACAGGAGGCGAUCUCAUAAUGGACAGUCGGCAAGAGACUUUAAAGAUGAAGAAGAAACGGUUACCACAAAAAGUGUCCAUAUUGUGCAGGCCACAGAAACUACAGCGACACGGAAGAAAGGCAGCACCCCAUCUAAAAAGGUGGACCUCGGUGCUGCCGCUAACUAUUUGGGUGACAAGACUCCAGAGACAACCCCCAAGCAGGCCCAACCCACAGCUCCUCAGUCCUCCAGCACCGGUCUUGCAGAUCUACUAAUGGUUGACCCAGCACCGAACCAGCCAGCUGCCACAGACUUGAUCGGGGGCUUCGCAGACUUCUCGUCCACAGCCUCUGCCAGUCUCUCCACAGGCACAGCGGCGGCAGGCUCCUGCAGUAAUGGGGACUUUGGAGAGUGGAACGCCUUCCCUGGAGGGCAGAUGCCAGCCGCAGCCCAGUCUGCAAAUGUGGGAGAGACGGAUCUGUUUGGGAUGGUGCUCUCUGCUCCAGCGGCCACUCCUGCCUUUGCCCCUCCCGCUGCUGCUGCUGGGACCCCUUCAGCUGAUCUGUUCGACCUCAUGGGCCCCACACAAACUCUCACCUCCUCCCAGAGCCUGAACUUCAGCAUGACGCAGAGCAUGACGUCUACCAUGCUCCCACAGUCACAAUCUCAGCCUUUCCCAAUGGGGGGCCCUCUUACGCCUCAGUCCAUGCAGCCCACGGCUCAGGGGGUGGCCCUUAAAGGGGCCCUACCUUCCACCUGGACCGAUCACUCUGUGAACAUCAGCCUGGAUUUCCUGGGACAGCAGCCUUCUAAGCCUGCUCAGCCAAGUCUCAACACUCUCCAGCAAGGACACCAGAUCCCACCUAACAUUCUGGCUCAGGGCUUUUCUGCCAUGAACCUGGGACCGACCGCUGUCAGAUCCCCUGUGAGCCCCAUGAUGCAUCCAGGGGCGCAGAUGGGGAUGGGUCCCACCCCGGGCAUGAUGGGAAUGAGCAUGGGUAUGCCUCAUUCGGGCAUGACAAUGGGGAUGCCCGCUGCUAGCAUGGCGAUGGGUGCGUCCGUGAACCCGACAAUGGUCCAACAAUCCAAACAACUUGACGCCUUCGCAGACUUUGCCAAUUUUGGGAAAUGA